AAGUGAUUGGUAUUAUGAGGUUUUAUUGUUUUUUUCUUUAAGACGUCAUGUUUGUUUUUGCUGAAAUUAUUAUUUUGAUUGCCUCCACAAUAAUAUCUGGAGAACUACUAAGUGAUUACGAUGAAAAGACAGCACUUGGAGAAAGGACUCUACCACCGGACCUUCAAAUUCAAAUAUAUGUUAAUAAAACUGAUGAUGACCUGCAGUUCGAAGAUUGUAUGAACUCAUACAGUUUAUGCAGGGGUUCCGCUAGACUACGAGAUAAAGACGGAGUAUGUGCGCUUGACAGAGCGUCAGGCGUAAAGAAAUCUUUCGAGUCAUUUUGUGAGAUGGUAUAUGAAAACUGCAAGAAUAUGAAUUCGAAAUGGGGCUACUUUCACGAUGGACAUUGUGAAUUGAUAGAGUUUGGACCAGCAUAGGAAAUAAUUGUUACUAUUAAAUUACUUUUUAAUUAAUGAGACAUUUUAUUUGAGUGUUUUGUCUUUAAGUAGUAAGCAUACAAAAAUAGGAUGUUCAAUAAAGAUCCAAUAGGUUUUUCAUGCGGUUACCUCCUUUAGUUAAAUAAACUAACCGUCACCUUCUUUUUCUUACUUUUAUUAAAUACAAGCUUCUGCCAGCGGUUUCACCCGCAUCGCGUGAAAACCUCUGCACGAACCCGGAUAAAAAGCCUAUAGCCUUCCUCGAUAAAUGGGCUAUCUAACACCGAAAUAAUUGUUCAAAUCGGACCAGUAGUUCCUGAGAUUAGCGCGUUCAAUCAAACAAACAAACAAACUCUUCAGCUUUAUAAUAUUAGUAUAGAUGAAUUUCAUCUCUACCAAUUAACCUUAGUCGUGAAAGCUUAACAAACCAAAUUAUCUAUUUAUAAUACAACCAUUACCAGUAAGAUAAUAAUAAUCAAAAACACUACUUAAAAUAUUCAACUUUUUUAAUAAGCACAGAAGUUAUGUUUUAAAAUAAAUAAUUACCUACGCUUCUCUGGGCAUUUAAUAACGGGUACUUAAAUCCCUAAAAUAACUCCACGCUAUACUUUAAAUAGCAAUUAUUGGAGCGAAAAUUCCAUGAACCCUUUUCUAAUCCCAAAAGACUUAGCAAUAAUGUAUGUCUGAAACUUGUAGCAUUAAACUAACUGGAACCGCCGAGUACAUAAUAUCUGUAUGCUAAUUUGAGCGCGGCGGUGAGGCAACGAACGCAACCAAAUGAUAGUGAUAGCUAACUUAUGCAUUUUCGAUCACAUCUACACAAACACGAUAAAAUUGAUAUUAACAAAACUUAACACAUAAAAUAUGAGCAGCAAUCUCGUACCAUUGAAAGAAGACAAGGCAGUGUGUCCAGUUGGUUCUAUUCUCUAAGAUCUAAAACGAAAAUCUUCUAUUGAAAACAAAUAAAUAGGAAAAAGUAUUUACUUUGAUGUUUGCAAAGAGAAAAUUCGAUUUCCGAUCAUAUUAGGUUGAUAGACGUUAGCAAAACUAUCUUGGAUUUCAGAUAUCUUAUUGGAAUAUAAGUUUUUAUAUCACUAAAAAAAUAUGUCAUAAUUGUAACAAUAUGUCUCUCCGUCUAUCUUGACUAAGAAAUAUAUACGAAAACAAUGAAUUUCAUUUUGAUACCAAAAUAUAAUUGAAAACGCCUUGUAAAUAAUUAAUAGCAAUGCUUCUUUCAGUCAA